UAUUAGGAUCGGAUCGUUCUGACGAGCGGGCUGGCCUAUAAGAACCGUUAAAAGGGCAAAGCUUCCCAUCAGUUUGCGUUUGCUAAGCGUUUCGUUCGGUUCGAUUCGCGAAAUGAAAUUCAAUCCGCCAACUCUUGUGUUCCUCUUGGCGCUGCUGGUGAGCGGCUGGUGCGAUGCCAGUCGGGCUGGCUAUAAUUAUAGGCCUCCUAGCCCACCUUCCCGCGGUUAUUUCUACCCGAAGCCAGCGCAGCCAGCCCGAUUGCCACCUCUGCCAGUCAAUGGCACUUCCAUAUCGACCACAAUAUCAACGGACUCCUCCGGCCCACCGCCCGGAGUGCAAUCGGAUUUCAUUGAUGAUCUGAUUGAGGGCCAUAAGCAGCAAAUCUUAUCGAGUGUGCUGGGCGUGGCCGGCAGCGAGACUCCUUCGGACCAGGCCAGCAGCCCCCUCGCCCCGCCCCUCGAGGGCGGCGGUGCCAAGGCGUUCCGCGUUAAUCGCUGUGCCAGCUGCACCUGCGGUGUACCGAAUGUGAAUCGCAUUGUGGGCGGCACCCAGGUGCGGACCAAUAAAUAUCCCUGGAUUGCCCAGAUCAUUCGCGGUACCUUCCUGUUCUGCGGCGGAACUUUGAUCAACGAUCGCUAUGUCCUGACCGCCGCCCACUGCGUCCACGGAAUGGACAUGCGGGGUGUGUCCGUCCGUCUCCUGCAGCUGGACAGAAGCUCCACCCACCUGGGAGUGACCCGGAAGGUGGCCUUCGCCCAUGCCCACGUGGGCUACGAUCCCGUCAGCCUCGUCCACGACAUAGCCCUCCUGCGACUGGAUCAGCCGAUUCCACUGGUGGACACCAUGCGUCCGGCCUGUUUGCCCAGCAAUUGGCUGCAGAACUUUGAUUUCCAGAAGGCCAUCGUGGCGGGCUGGGGUCUUAGCCAGGAGGGCGGCUCCACGUCCAGUGUCCUGCAGGAGACGGUGGUGCCCAUCAUCACCAAUGCCCAGUGCCGGGCCACCUCCUACAAGACCAUGAUUGUGGACACCAUGUUGUGUGCGGGUUAUGUUCAAACGGGAGGUCGCGAUGCCUGUCAGGGUGACAGUGGUGGCCCUCUGAUUGUCAAAGAUCGCAUCUACCGGUUGGCAGGAGUCGUGUCCUUUGGCUACGGAUGCGCCAAGCCAGAUGCUCCUGGUGUCUAUACUCGUGUUUCUCGGUACUUGGAUUGGAUUGCCGUCAACACGAGGGACUCUUGCUAUUGUGUUAACUGAGAAAGUCCCUACAAAUUAAUCUUUAUUUAUUUAUUUUUGUCUCAAUAAAGUUUUUCCUCUAUAAUUUUAAACACUUUACUAACUCCAACAUUCCACUUCCCUGACUCAAAUUAUUUUUUCUGGCUAAUCGUAAGUGGAACGAGAUUGACCCACGCAACUCCUUCAGUCAACAUCUGGUUUUACUUUCUUAAUGCAAAGAAAUACGACGAAAAUACAAAUUGCACAAAUAUUUUUAGAGGAAACAGGUUAUGGAAACCCUAGCAGAGUGGCCUUUCACUUUUUACCCCCUAAGAGUCUUUUGCGCAAAAAAAAAAAGAAGAAAAAUCAAUAAAAAAUCGAAGACAGACAUGGAGUUGAACUUUUAUUUUAUUUUUGUUUUUGGAGCGCCAAAUUGAAGCCAAGGACAUUGCCUGACACAUUGUUAUCACUUGUCCAGCCUCCAGACUCCAGAGGCUCCGGCCAAGUUGACAAAACUUUUAUCUUUAUCCCUUUUGGCCGGGCCGGGCCGGGCAGGGACAAGCCAAGUUGUUGUUCCCGACAGUUGCUUAAUGGAUUUUCAAGUUAUUUCUGGUAUUUUGUUGUAGUUGCCGCUGCAUGUCGCAGAAAUACAGCAAAACAAAGAUAUCUCGGCGGAAAGAAACUCGUUUGUGGCUAGGGGCCAAAGAAAAUGCCGCAUAAUUGCCGCCGCCACGACUUCGGCCAAAAAGGCUGAGGGGGAGGCGGUCUGGCGACAAGGGAGCGGUUCCCCCUAGCUCCAAGGGGGAUUGGGGUUCGGAAGGGGGAUAGACUUGCCACCGAAUCGACAAUGUUGUCAAUGCUGGCUGCACUGGCAUUUGAUUUUAUUUUUAACUAGACUAUAAUUGAUGCCCGGCAUUGCAAGGGUUAUCGAGAGGAAUAUAUAGAGGGAGAAGCUAUAGAGGCCGGGCAGGGGGGAAUUAGUGACGAGAAGUCACGGGAGUUCGGGGAAAUGCUAAAUUAGUGCUAAUUAAUAACGCUCUAAUGAGAAAGAGUUUGCCAGUAA